CUGCGCCCUCUCCUGGCCACAGGAGCAGUACUUCCGCGAUGCGGGAAGGGGAUAUACUGCAGAAGUGCGAACUCCGACGCGGACUGGAGAAGCGCAGCGCACCGGCAUGGCUGAUCUGUGCGCGUCCCUGGCGCUGCUGACUGCCGUGGUGCUGCUCAGCGAAGCGAGCCGCAGGGCGGCCGCCAAGCUGCUGGCGCACCGUGCCGCCUAUGCCGUGGAGGUCAUCUCCACGUUUCAGCUCUGCGCCUGCACACAGGAACUGAAGCUCCUCGGCGAGCUGGGCCGGACCGAGCCGCGGAUCAUGCUUACUCUCACCUACCUCAUCUCGGUGGUCCACGCACUGACUUUCAGCGGGGCGAUAUGCAACCCCUCCGGCGCACUUGAGAGUGUCUACCGGCGCAGCCUGAGCGGCAGCGGCGCCCUGCGGCGGAUCGCCUGCCAGUUCCUGGCGGCUGCGGUGGCACGUUCAGCGGCGCCCUAUCUAUGGGCUCUGGGUCUGUACGACCUGCACGCCCGGCACAGGUCGCUACGAUUUCAGUGCCAGAGUCCGAUUGACGGCACGUUGCCCACCGCCGCGGCCGUGGAGCUGGGCUGCGCUUUCGCCGUGCAGAGCGCUCUCACGUGCUUCAAGGAGACCGAUGUGAAGUACAGGGUCCAUAUAGUAGCUGCGGUCAUCACAACGCUCGUCUAUGCAGGUGGUCGCUUCACUGGUGCUGUGUUCAACCCAGCACUAGCUUUCUCCACGCAGUUCGCUUGCGAAGGACACACCUUCAUGGAAUAUUCCAUUGUCUACUGGCUGGGACCAAUUUUGGGUAUGACCUUCUCCGUUCUGCUCUCCGACAAGGUCAUUCCGCUCUUGUCUGGAAGAACGUUCCAGAAGGACAUGGAGUUUCCUCUGGCUGCGACUAAAAAGUUACAGUGAACGUGCUCGGAGAGUCGGGAAUCAGCCAGUAAUUCUAGCAAUAGUCGAAGACUCUGGGGCAGUUACACUUUCACCACAGCGUGGACAGAGGCUCUAGCUGCAGGAGUAACUCCUGCAUUGUGGGUUUAAUGAAAUCAUCAGAGUUGCACAGACGUACACCUAUACCAUACAUCGCCAAUAUAUCUGCACUGUUACACAGUCUACGUGCCAGAUCUACUAUUCUUGUGUAUUCUCCGGCUCAGGUAAAAUGACCGAUACACAUCACAAGGUUCUAGCCAUGCAGGAAACGGAGACGCACAUGAGCAUAAUUACUGACUGUGAUGGCGAGCCAUCGUAGUUUCCCUUCUUUAAGCACAGCACGAAUGUCCUUUUUAGGAAUACUUAACUUGAAAUUAGACUGAGCACAAAAACAAGGGUGAGAACUGUAUAUGGGAACAAUGAUAGAAUAAUGUGUGUGGAAAGUACCUCAGAUCUAGCAGAUAACGCUGGAAAGGGGUUUAAUUGUAUUGUCCAAAAGUGUUUUAAAUCAGAAUUUCUUAAUUGAUGCUUGUUUAGCGCAAUGCUGAGUUUGCAUAAAUUUGCACAGUACUUUAAAAAGAAGUCAGGCUGGAAUGAAUCAUGUCAGUCUAGCAGCGAUUUGUAUGAAUCACUUGUGUUGUCUGUAACGUGUACAGAGUAACAUUCCAAAGCUGACCACCAUUCCUGACAUUAAACACUAAUCUGUGAAUGACA